AUGUCACCAGUUCUUCCCCGCCAUGACAUUGAGUUUCCAACUCUUGAUGGUAUAACACUACGCGGUUGGUUGUAUCCCGCCACAAAGCGUGGGCCAGGCAUGAUCUUGUCCCCAGGGUUCAACAUGCCAAAAGAUGCUAUCAUACCCGAUAUUUGUAAAUGGUUUCAAGAGCGGGACAUUACAUGUCUUGCAUGGGACCCUCGUGGUAUUGGUGCCAGUGAUGGAGAACCAAGAAAUGAUAUCGACCCCCGGCAGGAAGCUGAACACCUUCACGACGCUGUGACGUGGCUUUCAAAGAACCCUUUGGUAGAUGUCACGAAAAUAGCGCUAUGGGGACUGUGUUUUGGUGGCAAUGUGACCCUCGCCGCCGCGGCCCUAGAGUACGUGUUAAAUGGCUCUCCGUUUUCGUCCCCUCCUUGCUUUGUCGUUCCAUCUUGGGCUGACAUCGAUCUCACCCUUAGCAAAAGGAUCGCCGCCAUGAUUUCGGUUGCGCCUUUGAUUGACUCGACCGGCCUUCCAGAAAGGCGCCAGCCUAUUCUCGAACUGGCCAUGUAUGAUCGUGCCGGUCGUCUGGAGGGAGAUGACCCCAUGUAUCUUCCCUACGUGAAUGAAGAUGGCAGUGUGCCAAACGGUCUCCAGCUCGCGGCCGACAUGAUGCCCGCGCUUGACCGUCUGGGCAUCCCCGUUGAGAAUCGUGUAACUGUCCAAACUUACUAUCGUGCACUGACGUGGAGCGUUUUGAACCUUGUUGAGUAUAUCGCUCCAACUCCUGCAAUGAUGGUGACACCUGAGUUUGACGUCUCAUGCCCUACUAAAGACCAGCUGAAGGCUUAUGAGCGCAUGGGAGAGCCUAAAGAACUCGAUAUCUUGAAGGGCAAGGGUCAUCUUGAUUGGAUAUUUGGGGAUGUUGACAUCAUUUUGAACAGACAGUUGGACUUUUUAAAGAGGCAGAUGAACUUUUGA